CACACUUUCUUACACAUCCGUUCUCUUGUUGCUGGGCAGGUAAACAAAUCCACACCGGGUACAUAUUUUCAUAAAGCAUGGAAGUAAACGUCAAUAGAUGGAUAUACAAUAUGUUUAGUGAUGAAGUUUUAACAACAUAGAAGCAUUUGAUGAUUUCAUUAAAUACAAGAUAUGUGAAAGAAAGUGUGGAAAUUGUGGAAAAGAAAGACAACUUAACAGUGAAUAUUGUGUAAAGAUAUCAACAAGAUGAGUUAUCGGGCGUCAGAUAAAGAAACCGAUGACUAUGAUUAUAGCGACGAUUCAUUCGACAGUGAAGAUGAAAAACCAGCAAGACGCACACAAUCUUUGAAUCGUGCUCGGAAAACAACAGAAGAAGUUUAUUUAGGGAAAAAAGCUUCCCCGAAGAAGGAUGACAGCCGCGGUAAGGGCCGGGGAAAGGGGCGGGGCAAACAGCGGUCAACCAGUCAGGUGACACCAAGGGUCGACCCCGUUGUACAGCGUGUCUUGUCCGCACGUAAACUCCGAAUCAACGAGCUAAGAAAUAAUAUGGAGGACCUUGUCAAACAAAUAGAAGACUUAAGGGAGGAAAAUAAAUUGUUAAAGAAGACUCAGUAUAGACAGGAAAAGGCACUGAAUAGAUUUGAUGAACGGGAGAGUGACUUGCCUCAGAUUAUGCAAAGACACAAUAAUGAAACUCGGACAAUGCGAGAACAGUUAAAGAAAACAAAAGACAAAUAUGACAGAACAGACAGAUAUCUUCGAGAUGCCGAGGAUGAACUUGAAAAAGUGAAAAAUAAAGUGAAAAAAUAUAAAAGAUUAGUGGACGAAAACGAUUUAAUGGAAAGGGAUGAUCUUCAAACCAAAGUAAAGAAGGCAGAGAUUGACAUUGAGGAAAAGGAAGUAAAGAUUAAGGAUUUAGAAAGACAUGUCACCCAUUUAUCAAAAAACCAUCGCCAUGAACUUGGCAUUGAAAUGGCAAGGACCCGAGAUACAAAGAAACAAAUGGAAACCCUGAGAGAGGAAAAUGAAAGGCUAGAAAGACAGCUAAAGGAAAAAGUAAAGGAAUUGGAGAUGAAAAAUAUCUAUGCUAAUCGAAUGUCGAAACCUGGCAGUCGUAUGAUGCCGAACUCCUACAGUGGGACACCAAUGAGACAGCAAAGCCCAAGCUCACCGAGACGGCGACGCCCACCCUCAGUCCAUGAUCUCAACCCCCGGGAAAAGGUCAAGUUGUAUGAGGAGAGACGCAAAGAAGAGGAGAGGAAACAGCGAGAGAGUGCAUCGCCAAUUCCAAGACUACGGUUUUCUCGGGAAAGCAAGGAGUACGAAAAGAAGAGAGCAGUCAAGUCCAAAGCCACUCCUGGAUACCGUGGUGGUUCCUUGUCGCCAAGGAAACCUGUUUCUACGGAACCAGUAGCAUCUAAAAAAGAGGAUUAUUCAAGUAAGGCAUGGAGGUCAAGUCGACAGGGACAGUCCGAGAAACCAAAAGGCUCAGAAAGACUGUCCGAUACACACAGGUCAUUCCUAUAUAAUGACAAGAAGAACAAAGCAGGUGACAAAUCCAGUAAAUUCUCUUGGGGAGCAGACGACAGCUAUGGAGGCAAUAAGACUCCUUCUUCCAGAGGUCACAAUGAUGAUAAUGAGAGGGCACCGAGUGCAGGGUCCAAAGAGUGGGAGAGAAUUGAAGAGGACACUGAUGAUACUUACUCCAAGCCAUUCCGGUUCCAAGACCAGACUUCACCUAAAAAAUCCCCCAGACAUGAAAAAUCUACUUUCACAGCCUCAGAAAAGAAAUGGCCUUGGGAAAAGUCGAGUGAUAACACACACAAUGUAAGCAAGAAGCCUCCGGUGGGAAGCACGCGUAUCUAUGCAUCGCCACCUGUUGGUAAAAGUAGAUACAAAUCUGUCAGCAAAACAUCUACUCUUGCUUCCACUUCAACAUAUACUGCUGGGGAGACCGAGCAACAGCAGAAAGUACUGGAGGAGAAAGAUGCUCGUGAGAGGGGGCGCAAAUUUCAGCAGGAACAGGAGGAGGAGUUUAAAAGGAAGGAACGGUGGGAACACAUGGAACGUGUGCGACUGGAUCAGGAGGAGAGGGAACAGGAGGAGCGAGAGAAACAGGAAAGAAGACGCCGAGACCGUGAGGGACAGGAACAACGUGAAAGAGAAGAGAAGGACAGGCGUGAAGCUGAGGAGUGGAAAAUGAAACUAGAAAGAGAGCAAAUGAAACGUGAAGCUGAGGAGUUAAAACGAGAACAGGAAGACCGACAAAGGCGAGAGAGAGAAAGGAAAGAACAAGAGAGACGAGCAGAAGAGGAGAGGGAACGUAUACAGAGAGAUCAACAAAUGGAUGAGGAAAGGCGUAAAAAGGAUUCGUUGCUGGCAAAGCUACGCGAUAUUGAUGAUGGAAAGAAAACUAAAAGGGAAGAGAGUCAUGAUCCAGUUUUCCUUACAAACAAGACGGAUAGUGAUGUGGAGUCUAUUACAUCUAGUAAAAAAAGUUACCAGUUCACCAAGCCCGUAGAAAACCUUCACCAUGGCAAAUGGUCCCAUGAGGAUGUUACUAUUCCCUAUCUGGAAAAACAGAAAAAAAAGAAAGAGAAAGAUGAUGAUGUUGGAGCGUACCAACCAUCGUUUGGGCGACGGGGAGACACAAAGAAAACUGGCAAGAAAACAGGGGGUGAUGUAGUUUUCAAUGAUGAUUUUGCUAAGCCACCAAAGCACAGAGAGAACAAAAAGAAAAAUCUUAUGGCCGAUUUGUUUGGUAAUCAGCCCACCACAAACACCAGUAACAAUAAUGAUGAAGACAUUUUCAACAGUACAAAUUUCGAUAAGAAGAAAACUAACACAGCAAAAUUGUCACUUUUUGAUGAUGAACCAAAACAAACUACAACAAAAAGAGAAAAUUCAUUAUCGUUGUUUGGUGGCGGGAGUGCUCUGCUUGAUGAUGAUGAUACUACAAAAACGAAAGACUCUUCAAAAUUGUUACCACGGCGACAACGCCAUUCAACGACUACAUUCCAGUCACGGCCAAUGGUCACUGCAGUCGAUAAUUAUGAUGACGACAUCGAGGAAGUCAUUCUUUAGCAGCACACUGAAUUUCUAUGUCUUUAACCUUGUGUUGUUAAGUUUUGUAUUCAUAGUCAUUUGUGUAUUUAUAAAUUUUUAUACAGGAAUCUUGCAGAAUAUGUUUUACGUUGUUUGAUAUUCGAAGUCUAUGUAAUGAUAUACCUGUAUGUAACUGAUGGCCGUCAUUGUCAGUUUUGUUGGUCAGAUAUAUAGUAGUGGCCGUUGACCUCAAGUCAUUCUCAUGUAUAAUGCCGUAUACUAUUCAUAUAGGGAUUGAAUCUGGAUUUUUCCAAUGUUCAUGCAAGUAUGAAUUGGGGAAAUUUACUUACACACCACAUGAGCGGCCAUGGCUAUAUAUAUAUAUAUAUAUAUAUAAUUUAAAAUAUUUAAAGUGAAAAGGGCAAUGCUUUUACCUCAAAACGAAAUUUUUGUUGUAAAUCUUUACACAUGAUUGGUUCACAUUUGCACCUUUAAGGUUGUGGAAAAUAUUGCGAGGCAAGGUUAAUCUGGUAACAGAGUCUUACAGAUCCUUGGAGCUGAUAGUGAGAAUGGCUGCCUACCCCAGACCCAAACUGACAGUGACGGACUCGUGCUGUAUGUGUUAAAUUUCCGUCCGUUACCAAGUCGUAUAUUCAUGAUUGUUACUACCAUGUCACAGUGUGCCAAGUGUGAAAGGAUACGUCUGAAUUACAAUGGUAAUUUUUUAUGGGAAGUUGUUGACUUCUAAAAAUCCUGAAUAACAGUAACGCAGAACCUUUUUUAUCUGGUGAGCUGUUGUAUAAUUGUUCAGAUGUGUUAGUGGGGAGAGUAAUAUAAGGUUACGUAUUUUACCAUUUUGAUCAACAUUGUGUUAUGCAUUCUUAUAGCUCCUUCAAAUAUAGAUUAAAAGGUAUAGUCAUACUAUCAUUCACACAAUUUCAUUAAGGUAAAUUUCAAUUUUCACUUCUUUCAAAGAUAUUUUACACCUGUAUACUUGUUUACCAAGAUUUGUAAUAUCAUGUAUCUUUUAAAAUUUAGAGACCAUUUAUUUUUCACAACUCCGUUGAAUUGAAUGUUGUAGUUCCAGGUUUAUUCAUAUUGCUCAUGAAUUAAAGUAAUCAAAUAUUUAUGUUUUGGUCACAAAUAACUGUGGUCCUGAGUGUACAUUUAUGUUCAGAUUUCUUUUGUUAAUUAAAAUGAAAUGAAAUGGUCAAUAUUUAAAUAUGUACAACAAAAUUUUAUGUGCCCCUGGAAAAUAAGACAACAUUCAAAUACUUGAUACUUGAGUCUAGAUUUAUCAUCAUACCAGAAUCAGGGCGUUUAUCCUUCUUUUGUAUGACAAGGUCUUUUUGUUGAGGACUGGAUUGAGAUGAUUCAGGCCUAUAGAUUAGUGGCAUCAAAAUGAAGUUUACCUCGUGUCCAGCAGCGAACAAAUUAAUUUCCGUCCAAACAAUCAGAAGGGUCAAUCUGUUCAUUUGGUGCAAUGAUUUAAGUACCUGGUAAUUAAAUUUAAUCUUCUGUUUUUUUUACUGGUACUUGCAACAACAUUCAACAUCCAAUAUAUAUGUACUUUUACAUGUGAACAAUCUGAAAACUUUUCCCGUCCAAUUUCUGUGUCUGUUGUAAAUGGAGACGCCUAUGAAUCACCCACAAACUGAACACGUUUCCAAUCAUUGUCUUUUUUUCUCCCAAUAAAUAAUUCCACCUUGCCCUCUCUAUUAUAAAGUUAAAGGUUCAUAUAUCAUAAUUUAUAUUUUAAUGUUUUUAUUUUCAUUUAUGUUAUUAAUCUUCAAGGCAGUUUCUUUAGUUUUAAUGACAUUUAGUGUACAUAAUCUUUUAUUGAGCUUUGCUACCUAUGUAUAACUGAUUGUCAGGAAUUUUUUAUGGGAUUAAUCUUGUAUUGGAUUAAAUAUAAUUUUUCUUACCCUUUCAUUUGUACAAGGCUUAAUCAUUUGUUCAACAACCUUUGUUCAAUCAUUUUUGCAAAAAUAUUUAUUUAUGCAGAUAAUGUUAAUGUAAACACAACAUAUGUAUUUAAUGUGUAAUUGGCAAACUUAAGAUGAAAAGACACUUAGUUACCUAGCAACAAUCCAUGAGCAAAAAUGUGUUCAAGUCUAGCAUCUCGAUCGAGUCAACUGUGAUACCAUGUUGUGCUAUUUUUAUCUUUGUAAUUUGUACUUUUUUGAAAAUUAGAACAAUUAUCAUGAACCUGAAUUAUUUAAAAUUGUCAAAAUUGUGAACUUUUUUUAAAUGUGGUGUUUGUAAAAUGUACAAGUUAUGUUAUUAGUUAGUGCAGCCAAUGUAUUUAUGUGAUGUGAAUACCUGUCUUUUCUAUUAUGAAUUAUGAUGCCAUAGACCCAACUUAUAAGAACAAUAAAAAAAGUUGUCUCCCCUCCAUCAAUGCCCCCAUUCCCUUUUCUGUACUUACUAAAUUAGACAUAGAUACUGAAGUUCAUAAAAAUCUUGGGUACAGGUUACCCUUCAUUGUUUUGUCAUGAAAUACAUUUUAACAAAUUCAAUCAAGUUUUAUUAUUCUCUCAUUAUUUUUUGAUGUUUACAUUGACAAACUAUAGAUUAAUAUCAAAACUUGCAAGGGUUUUGUACAAUUGUUCAACAAUUGAACAUGCCAAGAUAUUACAGCUAGGAUACACCCUUUUAACAGUAUGUGACAGCACAGUAGAUAAGUACACGGCAAUCUAACUUAUAGGAGUAGUUUAUGUAUACAUUGUACCGAACGUUUUCUCUCUAGUACCCUCCUUCCAAACUGCAAACUUUGAUAGGCCAUCAAGAGUAUGAGUAUAUAAAGUUUGACAGCUGUAGAUUUAUUUUAUUUGUAAAGUAUGUACAAAGACAUAUAAAUGAUGAAUCAGAAAUAACUAUCAAGUUCUUAGCGAUGUAAGUUUUAAACUGUAGUUAUAUCGUUAGUUAUAUUUUAGAUUUAGUGCUAAAACUGUGUAACCAUGGCUAAUUGAAGAGUUUAGAUUGUUCUAUAUGUUUCCAGUUUACCUGUCUGGUAGACUGACCAUCAGCUAAUGAAAUUCUGGAUUUAUUUCUGCAUGGCGAUUCCAGAAAAAUUGAGAUAAAAAGUUCUGUUCUACAUUAAAGUUUAUAUUAUUACACAUAUGAAAUGAGGAAAAAUUACAAAAUAUCCUAACACGGUUGUAGUUUAGUGCAUGUAAGGAUGUUUUUGUUACGGACAAAUUUAAUUUUAAUAUUAUUCAAGAUAUACUUUUUUUAAAGUAUUUUUUUGAAAUUAAAGGAUAUCGUAUAUAUAUAUAUUAAAAAACCUUAAAGUAAAAUGUACAUUUAUGUCAUAAAAACUGACGGUUGAUCUUUCAGUAACAAAAUUAUGCACUGGUAAUAACCAGGUUUAUAUUUAGUACAACAGAGCAAUGUUGUCUAUCAAACAAAUGAGUUGCCUCCCUUAUACAGGUGCUGUGUUCCCCUACUAUUUUUGCAUGGGCUGGAGGUUUCUUCGUAUUUAAUGGGUAUAUAUGUAUUGUGUCCCACUGUUGACAAUGUGAUACACAUAUUUCCUAGGUCAUUAUGACAAAAUAACAUAAUUAAUAUGUUGAAGCAUUAAUGAAUCGGUGUCACCAAUGAACAAUUAUCAUACCAACCAAUUAAAUAUGACA